UGAAAAUCAAUUUCGUGUCUCCGUUGCUGAUUCACCAAAUUAACCCAAUAACAAUGCAAGAUAGACUUUGAGCUUCCCUAGUCAAAAUCGGCAUACUAAAUUGUAACCUUCCCAAGUUGUUCCUUCCAAUCCUAUAAUUCAAUGGACUAACCUAUAAGAUAAGGACACAAGAUGAAAUCUCCAAAAUCUUGGAAGAACCUACAUAUACACAACAGAGGUAAACAGAUCUCAUCGAAAAUAUAUAGAAAGAAUCAAAACCCAAGAAGAAAUGGCGGAGUUGUUUGUUAAGCAAGCAAAGCAAUACGCAGAGGGCAGGCCUAAUUACCCAGAAGAACUCUUCCAAUUCAUUGCCUCCAAGAAUCCUGCUAAAGACCUUGCUUGGGAUGUGGGCACCGGCAGCGGCCAGGCAGCCCAAUCUCUAGCUGAGAUCUACCAGAAUGUUAUAGCCACAGAUACUAGCCUGAAGCAACUGGAAUUUGCACCAAAAAUUGCCAAUGUUCGGUAUCAGCAAACUCCUCCUGUCAUCCCAAUUGACGAAUUGGAGCAAUAUGUGUCAGCACAAUCAAGUGUAGAUUUGGUGACAAUUGCUCAAGCCCUCCAUUGGUUUGACCUGCCUGCGUUUUACCAGCUAGUGAAGUGGGUGCUCAAGAAACCAAAUGGAGUAAUUGCUGCCUGGUGCUACACUGUGCCUGAAGUUAAUGACUUCGUGGACUCUGUCUUCAAACCAUAUUAUGCCAUUGAUUCUGAACCAUAUUGGGAUCCAGUACGUAAAUUGGUAGACCAAAAGUAUGCAACCAUUAAUUUUCCAUUUGAGCCAGUGGAGGGAACUGAUCACACAGGGCCAUUCAGGUUUGUAUCUGAGAAAGUGAUGAGCUUGGAUGAGUAUUUUACUUACCUAAGGUCAUGGUCUGCAUAUCAAACAGCUAAGGAAAAAGGUGUGGAUCUAUUGAGGGAUGAUGUGGUUGAGAAGUUCAAGAAUGCCUGGAAUGAAGAUGGGCAAGACAGAAAGGUUGUUAAGUUUCCUAUUUAUUUGAAGAUUGGAAAGGUGGGGAAUUUGUAAAGAUAUAUAGCAAGCCAAUUGGUUCACUGCAUAAGAAAUAGCAGGAAUUGAAAAAUGGAAUUGUUGUAUCAAUUCCAUUUUUGUCUUUCUUAAUGUUUGAUGUGAUCAUUUUCUUUGUCCUUGUUUUGAUGAAAAGUGGCUAUUUUCCCUUUCUUCUAUCUAUACUAGCAAACUCCACUGCUUUGCACA